CAGAAAUCAACAUGUCUAGCAAAAAGGCAAAGACGAAGACCACCAAGAAGCGCCCUCAGCGUGCCACCUCCAAUGUGUUUGCAAUGUUCGAUCAGUCGCAGAUUCAGGAAUUCAAGGAGGCCUUCAACAUGAUCGACCAGAACAGGGAUGGCUUCAUUGACAAAGAGGACUUGCACGAUAUGCUCGCCUCCCUCGGAAAGAAUCCCACGGAUGAAUACCUAGAUGCCAUGAUGAAUGAGGCUCCAGGGCCCAUAAACUUCACAAUGUUCCUCACCAUGUUUGGUGAGAAGCUAAAUGGCACCGAUCCGGAAGAUGUCAUCAGGAACGCUUUUGCUUGCUUUGAUGAAGAAGCAACAGGGUUCAUCCAAGAAGACUACCUGCGGGAGCUGCUGACCACGAUGGGGGACAGGUUCACGGAUGAGGAGGUAGACGAGCUGUACAGAGAGGCGCCCAUCGACAAAAAGGGGAAUUUCAACUACAUUGAAUUCACGCGCAUCCUGAAGCACGGAGCAAAAGACAAGGAUGACUGAGCACAUCCCUGGAUACCUGCAGAUAGCUUCCCUCCCACUCCCCCCCCCCUUAAUUUUAUUUCUCAGGAUCUGUUUUUUCUUUUUUUCUCGUUGGGACCUUUUGCAUACAUUUUUAGAUUCCAGCUUUUUCCUCUGUGGACUCGGGGGCUGCUCAGGCACACCUGCACCUUUGUAAUAAGCCUGGGAAUGGGCCGGGAGAGAGGAGAGCUUACAGUGAUAGAGGUUUAGGGACAAAGAUCAGUGAGUGUGGGAGCCCAGGUAAAAAACUCAGUGCUACUCAUCCUAGCUAG